UCUCUCUAGGAUUCCAGAGAAGGGAACAAUGGCGAUGGAGUCCUCGUAGAGCUCUUCUUCUUCUUCUUCUUCUUCUUUGAGGAGGAGGAGGUGUUAGGGUUUGGGAGAAGAUUGGGGAUUGAGGGGGGGUGUGGAUGGGGGGUUUUGUAUUUUUGAUUUGGAUUUCAUUGUCGAGUUUUCGGCGGAGAUCUGGGGUUUUUUGGGAUUCUUGGAUCUAGGGUUUUGAUUUUGGGUGGGGGUUUUGAGUGGUAAAGGAUUUGGGAUUGGGAUUUGGGUUCUAGGGAUUUGGGUGGGGAGAGGAGGAUAUAUGGAAUGGGAUUUUGAGGGAUUUGGAUGGGAUGCUUGCGCUGGAUGUGGUGGAGAUCCAAACCCACCCGAUAGAUAGGGUUGCUGGCGGAGCGGGAGGGUCGUCGGAGAGGAAGAGGAGGGAGAGAGAGUGUCGCCGGGAGAUGGGGGAAUCGCUACUCACUACGCUUUCCAUGGAGAACAAUCAUCACCCAUCGACUUUGCUAUCCAUGGACUCCUGCGCUGCGUCUGCCGUUGCCGAAGACGACUGCGAUCGGGAGCUCAUGAUCCAGCCACCACGCCCACAUGCGCACCAGCUCCAGCUCUCCCGGCCACCGCCGGAUAUCAACCUUCCACUCUCCGCCGAUCCCUCCCCGCCGCCGCCACCCCCACCCCAUCUCUGGUCCUCCUCAGCCCAGGACGUCUGCGACAUGCUUGAUGUCGGCCUUGGUCCUCACCAGCUCUACGACCCUGACUCUACCCCUGUCGUCGCUCGACCCACCUCCGUCUCCAUCCCCCGUAAGUGUGCCCGCCGCGGCGAUAGCAUCUGGGGCGCUUGGUUCUUCUUCAAUUUCUACUUCAAACCUGUGCUCUCUGACAAGGCCAAGUCCAAGAUCGUCCGCGACACCUCCGGCACCGUCUCCGGCUUCGAUAAGUCGGAUCUCCGCCUCGACGUCUUCCUCGUCCAGCAUGACAUGGAGAACAUGUACAUGUGGGUCUUCAAGGAGCGCGCUGAGAACGCCCUUGGCAAGAUGCAGCUGCGCAGCUUCAUGAAUGGCCACUCUCGCCUCGGCGAGCCCCAGUUCCCUUUCUCCGUCGACAAGGGCUUUGUCCGCUCCCACCGCAUGCAGCGCAAGCACUACCGUGGCCUUUCCAAUCCCCAGUGCGUUCAUGGCAUCGAGGUCGUUCGUUCCCCAAAUCUCUCUCUUGUCUCCGACCUCGACCGCAAGAAAUGGAUGGAGCUCACUGGCAGAGAACUGAAUUUCUCCAUCCCUCUUGAGGCCAGUGAUUUUGGCUCUUGGAGGAACCUCCCCAGCACUGAGUUUGAGCUCGAGAGGCCUGCUCCUCAAUUGAAGGGAGCCGUUGCACAGCAUCCCCAUUCAAGGAAGUUGCUCAAUGGCUCAGGGCUCAACUUGUCAACACAGCCGUCCAAUCAUAGCAUUGGCGACGGAGCAGAGCUUUUGCAGAUGUGCAGUAAGCGCAGGAAGGAUUUCCUCCCCCACCCAAUGGAUGAAGAUUGCUGCUUGCCUGCAAAUUCUUAUUCGGACAGGAGCCAGGACAUGGACAUACACCCUAUUGAACCGUCAUGGCUGAAUGAAUUUAGUGGUGUCAUGAGGCAUGCUUAUGGACCAGUUACUGCUGCUAAGACUAUCUAUGAGGAUGAUGAGGGCUAUCUCAUUGUUGUUAGCUUGCCUUUCUCUGAUCAGCAGAAAGUGAAGGUAUCUUGGAAGAACAAUCUUACUCAUGGGAUAGUGAAGAUAUCAUGUUUCAGUACUGGCCGUAUGCCUUCUAUUAAGAGACAUGAUCGAACAUUCAGGCUGACAGACCCUUCUCCAGAGCACUGCCCUCCUGGAGAAUUCAUAAGAGAGAUCCCGCUUGCAACUCGAAUCCCGGAAGACGCCAAGCUUGAAGCAUACUACGAUGAGACCGGGACUGUGCUUGAGAUUAUGGUUCCAAAACAUCGUGUUGGGCCAGAAGAACAUGAAGUUCAUGUCUGCAUGCGGCCUCCUCAUCUUGGAGCCAAUGAGCUUCUGUUGACAUGAGAAAGAUUGAAAUUUUUAUGUGUAUGGUGGUUGCCACAGUCAUUUUUCCAUUGUUCGCUAACUAUGUACCAUAGAAGGAAAUCUAUGAAAUCAAAGUGCAUCCUUACCAUGUCCAUUUCCUUUUACAACUCUUGCUGAAUUUUUCGGGUGCUGUUUCCAUUCGGUUGGGCCUUUUCAACUGCACAAUCCGAAAGCUUAUGGUUGAGCUUGUCAAGGAAACUGGUAAGGAUUCCACACUGUACUAUUGCAGCCUUUUUAUGCUUAUAUCUUGACAUGAAGAUCAAGUUAAUUUAACCAUUUCUACUGUCAGUAUAUUAUUAUGUUGUUGUAGGCUUUAACUGUCUAUUACCCAGUUCUUCAAUAAGUCGGUGUCUUUCCCACUAAUUUUACUACAGGAUGUUAUGAAUUAUAAUUGUAUAGACACAUUCAUAUGGAUGUGGCAGGGAGGUGUUAGUGUGUGGUUAUCAUUGGGAUUUCUCAAGGGAUAUGGUUGUAUUUCUUUUUAUCUUAGCAUUUGAUGUAUGACUACUUUGGAAACUAUUGUAAGUUCAUUACAUUCCUGUAAGAGAAUAAUAUCACAAAUUGUCUUAUGAAUUUGUUUGAUGACAA